AUAGAUAGUGGCCCAGUUAAUUACAAGACAUUCCUCCACUGACUGCAAGCAACUUGCUCUACUUUCCAUAAUUCAAAUUGUACAUCACCUUUGUAACCAUCUCUAUCUAAGUCAUUGGUUCCACAUGUGUUAUCAUCAUUAUCAGCAGAAGCGAUGAUAAGAGGAUAAGAAAAGACCCAUACGAUUGGGAGAUAGUUUUGUACUGUAGUGUACACUGCAGUAUUUGAAGGAUGGUUGUGCCAAAGGUCAUUAUUGAUACUGAUGCUGGUGUUGACGAUGCUCUGGCAAUUUUUAUGGCUCUAGCAGCACAUAAGAGAAAGGAGAUUGAAGUGAUUGCUGUCACUACAGUGCAAGGCAAUACUGAAGUGCACAAUGUGAAUACCAAUGUACUGAGGAUUCUGAACACUGCUGCUUUAUUAGAGAUCCCAGUUUACAGUGGAGCUACAAAGUCUUUGGUUCAUCAGUGGACGCACCCUGGAGAACGUUUCCAUGGGUCUGAUGGCUUUGGGGAUGCUCAGCUUCCAUCGUUGCCUCUUGUGACCUCAUUACUGAAGCCACAGCAUGCUGUAUGGGCCCUUAUUGAACUAGUCAACAAAUAUCCUAAGGAGAUAAUGUUGGCUGCCCUGGGACCACUCACCAACUUAGCUCUUGCUAUAAGACUUGACCCAUUAUUUACUUCUCACUUGUUGGGCAUAUAUAUGAUGGGCGGUAAUACCACAGGUUUAGGUAAUAUCACAUCAUCUGCAGAGUUUAACUUCAUGUGUGACCCAGAGGCAGCCAGGGUGGUACUCGAUGAAACUCUCAUACCCAUCCAUCUCACACCCUGGGAAAUGUGCUUAAAUGGUGUAAAAAUACCAUAUUCACAACGAGAAAAGAUGGGCCAGAUGAAGAGUCCUGCUGCUGAAUUAAUGAACAAAAUUGAGAGUAAUAUUAUCAAAACCAAAGAGUUUGCAAACUGGAUCACCUGUGACCAACUUGCAGUAGCUUGGCUGAUUGAUAGUGCAAAAACACAGCAUUUAAAUACAAAUUGUAAAAUAGAUUCAGACGUUGGUGAUAAAACGAGUGAUGGAAGCCGCCUUGUCAGCUCUACCAGUAGUUGCUUUGCCACUGUUGAGCUCAAUGGUAAUCUGACGCGUGGCCAGAUGGCAAUUGACCAUAGAGAGCUAAUGGGUAGAACACCAAAUCUCAUCAUAAUGACCAGCCUUGAUGAACACCUCUACUUGCAGUAUCUAAGAAUGGCAUUUGGUGGGAAUUUCGAGAAAGAAAAUGAAUAGCAAAUAUGAAUCUAAGCCAAGUCAUAUUGUCUUAAGCCACAUGACCUUUAUAAAAUAAAAACUAUCUUAUAUA